UUCUGAGGCGGAGUCGCUGCUUUCUUUACGUGUCAUUUCCGUCACUGUCUCCUUCCUUUCGCCCGUGAGCCUCCAGCCGGUCGGCGAGCCCGUCGCCUUUCCCCGCCUCAGGAUGACCGAUUUCAGCGGAGGCUUGCCAAGCGGCGGUGGCGGCGAACUACCCGGUCAAAGAGAACUAUCCGCUCGCGGAGCCCGCAUCGCCAAUGGCGCCGCGGGGCUCCUGGACAAAGGCUUCGAUAAGUAUCUCGAUGACCCUUUCGACGCGGACCAAAACCCUCAGGGCAUUUUGAAUUUUGGAACAAGCGAGAACAAGCUUUGUUUUGAUUUACUACAGGAAAGGCUUUCGAAACCUGACAUGAAUUAUUUGGAGCCUCAUUUACUCCAAUACUCGGAUACCCAAGGCAUUAAAAGCUUCCGAGAAGAAAUUGCCAAAUUUCUUACUGAAUAUGCAAAUGCUUCAGUACCAUUAGAUCCAGAACAUAUUAUUGUGAUGAAUGGCUGCUGCGCUGUCUUUGCGACUCUUUCAACUGUGUUGUGUGAUCCUGGAGAUGGAUAUCUAAUUCCAACUCCAUAUUAUGGUGGCAUCAAUUCCAAAACUUGGUUAUAUGGUGGAAUGCAACCUGUUCAUGUACCGUUAUUCAGUGAGGUAGCUGACAAAGGAAGCCAGCCUUUUCAAUUAACAGUUGAAAAAUUAGAAGCUGCAUACCAGGGAGCCAGGGAAAAGGGCAUCCGAGUCAGAGCAUUAAUCCUGAUCAACCCUCACAAUCCAUUAGGGGGCAUUUACCCAGCACAGUUACUGACAGAAUGUCUAGAGUUUGCGCACAGGUAUGAGUUACAUAUAAUAAUGGAUGAAAUUUACAUGCUGUCAGUAUAUGGUGAUACUACAUUUACAAGCAUCCUUAGCUUAAAGAGUUUACCUGAUCCAGACCGAACCCAUUUUAUGUGGGGAUUUAGCAAGGAUUUUGGCAUGUGUGGUAUUCGAGUUGGAAUAUUAUACACCAGAAAUCAUUACAUCAGGAAAGCAGUUAAUCAGCUUGUGGUUUUUCAUGGAUGUUCUGGACCUGUACAGCAUGUUCUCCAACAAAUCCUUAAAGACAGAGACUGGCUGGAUAAUGUCUUUUUCCCAAUAAGUAAAAAAAGAUUAAAAGAAGCUCAAAACAUUCUCGUGGAUGGUCUUGCAGAAAUUGGAAUACCUGUUUUAAAAAGCUCAGGAGGGUUAUAUGUGUGGGCUGAUUUCAGGAAGUUUUUAAAAACACAGACAUUUGAAGCUGAAAUCGAUUUAUGGAUGAAGAUUCUUGAUGAAAAACUCCUUAUUAGUCCUGGGAAGGCCUUCUGCUGUUAUGAACCUGGAUGGUUUAGAGUAGUUUUCUCAGAUUCUGUAGAUAAGAUCAUUUUAUGCAUUCAGAGACUUCAACAAUUGCUUUGUGAUAAAAUGGAUGAACCUGUUAGUCUGUGUUCAUGUCCUGAACAAAACAAAUGUACUGAGUCAGAUGACAAUGUUUCUGCUAAAGUCAUGAAUACACCAAUGGAUGAUGUGUCAGAGGGUUAUUCACAGCUGAAGAAAAUAGCUGUUUUCUAAGAUCUGGACUGACAACACAAAUAACCUGUUUUUAUGUAUCUGUGACUCCUUUUCUUUUCUCUUUAUAUAAUCUGAAUAUGCCUUUUACCUUGUAGUUUGUAAUGUACGGUUAUUAAUUUAAAAUCAGGGCUAUUACAUCUUAGAAUGAUUUAAUUUCCUUAAUGAAGUUUAUCUUAAUUGAAGUGUUUAGUAUUUUUCCUUAGUGCCUGUUGAGAUAACUUAUAUUGGAAAAUAACAGACUAUUUUUCAACUGUGUUUCUUUCAGACAGGUUCAAAUGCUUCUAAUGACAAACAAUUAGUU